AUGUCGUCCGCCUCCCUUCCUAUCGCGGUCGACCCCGUCGCUUUGGUGACUACAGAAUGUAUCACCGUCACGUCGGCUAUGCGCAAACAUGCCCGCUGGGCUCAUUCUUCCGUCUCCGCCAUUCUUGGCGGAAGUACCGGCGCCCGCGUCUACGGCCGUGAUACCUCCGCCCCUCCGAGUCCCCGCAAUGGCACCUCGACGUCUCGUUCCGCACCCCGGGCCCCCGCCCCCGAUGACGAUCAUACUCUGGCCAAUCGAUGGGGCUUGAGAGGCAAGAAAGGCAAGAGCAUGCAGGACAACCCCCUCAUCUCGGCCUUCACUCGAUUACGGAGUGAUCUGAAGGGUUGCAAAGACAUCCGCUCCUUCGAUGCUCCCGCUCUACUACAUCCGUUCCUGCAGGUCGUCCGCUCCUCGUCCACCUCCGCCGCAAUCACCUCGCUCGCCUUGGUGGCCCUGACCAAGAUCUUCUCCUAUAACAUCAUCGGCCGGGACUCUCCUCGACUCUCCAUGGCCAUGCAACUCUUAUCCGCCGCCAUUACCCACUGUCGAUUCGAAGCCAGUGACUCCGCUGCCGAUGAGAUUGUCUUGCUGAGGAUUCUAAAAUUGAUGGAAGGCGUCUUGUCUCGCCCGGAGGGUGAACUGCUCGGCGACGAGAGUGUGUGUGAAAUGAUGGAAACCGGGUUGAGCAUGUGCUGUCAGGUCCGUCUGUCGGAGGUCUUGAGGAGGUCGGCGGAAAUGGCCAUGGUCAAUAUGUGCCAGGUGAUUUUCAUGCGACUGUCCCACCUCGAGAUUGCAGAAUCCUCCGAGGAGAUUCCCGCGCUUUCCCUUGCGGGAGGCGACCAGCCGACCAAUUUCAAGAUGGACCCUUCUGUCGACGGAGAUACCGUGACCUCGCAACAUCCGUCCGCCAUGGGCUCGGAUACCGCCGUUCCGGAGCGCGAUCGCGGUAGCAGGGAGGAGACCCCAGAACAGACCCCCAACGGCAGUGCCGUCGCCGCUCCCCCCAAUCCGCAGGACGACGUUGGUGACGACGUUGCGCCUUACUCCCUGGCCUCUAUCCGGGAACUCUUCCGGGUACUGAUUGACCUGUUGGAUCCCCAUAACAACCAACACACUGACCCCAUGAGGGUCAUGGCAUUGCGAAUCAUUGACGUCGCGUUGGAAGUUGCGGGUCCCGACAUUGGCAGGCACCCUAGUUUGGCGUCAUUGGCCCAAAACGACCUCUGUCGCCACUUGUUCCAAUUGGUGCGAUCAGAGAAUCUGUCGAUUCUGACCGAGUCGCUGAGAGUGGCAGGCACCCUGCUUCUAACUUGUCGCUCCGUGCUCAAGCUCCAGCAGGAGCUGUAUCUGUCGUAUCUGGUCGCAUGCCUUCAUCCGCGGGUAGAGAUACCCAAGGAGCCUGGCAUCAACCCGGCUCUUUACGACGGGGUGCCGCAGGCGCCUAAGUUGGUGAAGCCUCCUCCGUCCCAGUCCAACAGUGGCAGAUCCACGCCCGUUCCCGUGAAAGAUCGGCAGAAACUGGGACUGGAAGGAGGCUCCCGGAAACCGGAGACGCGAGAAGCCAUGGUCGAAAGUAUCGCCGUGCUGGCGCGGAUUCCAAGCUUCAUGGUAGAGCUGUUUAUCAACUACGAUUGCGAGGUGGACCGUGCCGAUCUAUGCGAGGACUUAAUCGGACUUCUCUCUCGUAGCGCGUUCCCCGACUCCGCCACGUGGAGCACGACCAAUGUGCCCCCGCUAUGUCUGGAUGCUCUGUUGGGCUAUAUCCAAUUUGUGUACGAUCGAAUGGACGACGAGCCAGUGCAGGCCGGCUUUCCUGCGCGGGGGGAUUUGAAGACCCAGCGCAAAACCAAGAAAAUCAUCAUCGCCGGCGCACAAAAAUUCAACCAAGACCCCAAAGCCGGUAUUGCCUACUUGGCUGCUCACGGUAUCAUUGAAAACCCUGAUGAUCCUGUUCUAGUGGCCAGAUUUCUCAAAGGAACCACCCGACUGUCUAAGAAGGUUUUAGGCGAGUUUAUUUCCAAGCGAUCGAACGAAGCGCUCCUGGAAGCUUUCGUCGAUCUUUUUGAUUUUUCGGGGAAGACUGUGGUCAACGCUCUUCGCGACCUCCUCGGUGCAUUCCGCUUGCCCGGUGAAUCUCCGCUCAUUGAGCGCAUCAUCACGACAUUCGCGGAUAAAUUCAUCGAAAAGGUGCAUCCCGCAGGUGUCGCUGAUAAAGAUUCUCUGUUUGUCUUGACAUACGGCGUCAUCAUGCUUAAUACAGACCUGUACAACUCUAAUGUCAAAGCCCAAAACCGCAUGUCAUAUAAUGACUUCGCGCGAAACCUGCGCGGUGUAAACGCUGGACAAGAUUUUGCGCCGGAGCUUUUGCAGGACAUCUACGAUUCUAUUAAACAGAAUGAGAUCAUUCUGCCAGAUGAGCACGACAACAAACAUGCAUUCGACUUUGCUUGGCGAGAGCUCUUGUUGAAGUCUUCCUCGGCUGGCGGGCUGGUUGUGGGCGAGACUAACAUCUACGAUGCGGAGAUGUUCGAAGCCACUUGGAGACCAGUGAUCGCUACCCUUUCGUACGUUUUCAUGUCCGCCUCGGAUGAUGCGGUUUACUCCCGGGUGGUCCAGGGAUUCGACCAGUGCGCCCAAAUUGCUGCCCGGUACAGGCUGACAGAGGCUUUUGACCGAAUCCUUUUCUGUCUUACGUCCAUCAGCACACUUGCCUCUGAAAAUCCCCCCAGCACGGCCCUCAACACGGAGGUGCAAGCUGGAAAGAAGAAUGUUAUGGUCAGUGAGCUUGCUGUGAAAUUCGGAAGAGACUUCAGGGCCCAGCUGGCCACGGUGGUUCUUUUUCGAGUUUUGGCAGGUAACGAAUCCGCUGUUCAAAAGAGCUGGACAUACAUCGUCCGCAUCCUCAACAAUCUCUUCAUCAAUUCCCUCACUCCUCCGUUUGAUACCAGCCUGAACUCCGAACUUGAGAUACCUCCUAUUCCACUGCAGCUGCCGUCGCAGGUUGUGGACCGUGAUGGACGUGGAAACGAGAGUGGAUUGUUGUCUGCCUUCACGUCCUAUCUGUCCAGUUAUGCCGCCGAUGAUCCCCCGGAGCCAUCAGACGAAGAACUUGACAACACUUUGUGCACCGUGGAUUGUGUUACCGCAUGUUCCAUCAACAAUAUCUUGACCAAUAUCAAGUCUCUUCCUCUGGAAUCCGUAUCGCUGGUGGUAGAGUCUCUAUUGGCCCAGCUGCCCGAGGAGUCCGCACCAGCAGUUAUUGUCGUGAAACCCGAGAGACCGUCUCCCGCGUCGAGGGCAAAUGGCAAAGCUGAUGCCAGCCAGUCGAAGUAUGAUCCUGGAAUGAUGUAUCUAUUGGAGCUGGCGACCAUUAUCACCCUCCGAGACGAUGAAACAUUGGGGGCCUUGGGCGAGCGGCUUUUGACUUCGUUGCAAGCGUUUAUUCGGGAUGCUCGGAAUCUGCAUUCGCUGGCCUUGUCGCGCAUUAUCUAUUAUCUGUUAAAUCUGUUGCGACUCAGCCAUGAUCAUUCAUUCAUGCGUGUGCCUGUUGUUCUACACGGCAUCUCGGGGUUUGAUCAAGACAUAUUGGAAAGCGUUGCCAUCCCCACUGUCAAAGGACUCGCCCGCUGCAUCUCGCACGGGGGUCUUUUGCGUAAUGAGAUUACUGUUUCCCCUGAUUUUUGGUCAAUCUUGCAGAGACUCCAUCAGCAUAAAGAAGCGGGACCGUUGGUGUUCGACCUCCUCCAACACGUUAUUGACUCCUCGCCGCCUAUCAUUACCGCGGACAAUUACGAGUCAGCCAUCGCCCUUGCGAAUGACUUCGUUAGCGCAGGUAGCGUCGGGUCCAUUGACGAACGGCAAAAAGACGCGAUCUCGCGGCGCUCCAAGGGUGUUAAACAGCCCAAAUCAAGUGAGAACGAGGUUGUCUCCCGAGCCUUGAAGGCGAUUAGUCUCAUCUACCAACUCACCGGACGAGUUCCAAGUCUUAUCAAGCAGUCUCAUCUUGAAGACAAUGAAGCUUGGUCGGCCUACUGGUCUCCUAUCUUCCUUUCAUUGACCGCCCAAUGCAUCAAUCCCUGCCGAGAUAUCCGGCACAAUGCCAUUUCAACCCUGCAGCGAUCGCUUCUCUCUGUCGAGAUGAGUUCCACCGACAGCAAGGAGUGGACUGCCAUCUUCGAUCAAGUGCUGUUCCCACUCGUUUUCCGACUGUUGAAGCCAGAGGUCUACCAUUCAGACCCUCUCGGAAUGAGUGAGACCCGCGUGCAGGCGGCUAUUUUGGUCUGUAAGAUCUUCUUGCGUUAUCUGGAUCAGCUUCCGAAUCAUGAUGGUAUGCUGGAACUUUGGCUGAAAAUUCUGGAUAUCCUGGAUCGAAUGGUCAACAGUGGCCAAGGCGACAGUUUGGAGGAGGCCAUCCCCGAGAGUCUCAAGAACAUUCUACUGGUCAUGGCCGGCGGAGGAUAUUUGGUACCUCCAUCUGAAGACGCCACCAAGGAGGCGAUCUGGACCGAAACAAAGAAGCGCUUAGACAGAUUCCUACCUGAUUUGUUCAAAGAAAUCUUCCCGGAUUUUUCGAACGAAAAGCCGACAGCCUCUGCCGUCGCGUCUCCCGACCCAUCGUCAGCCACUGAGCCUCCCAAUGACGAGAAGCCUAAACAAGACGAGACCCCUGCUGAUUCUCCAGCUCCGGAAGCAGACGCUGGAGAUGAGAAGACUGAAGAACAGCCAAAUGAAUCCUGA